AUGAAGUCAAGAGACAACGUCCCAUUCCAGUUGGAGGAUCCAACACUUUUGAAACAACAGUCAUUCGUGAAUGGUAAAUGGGUCGAAGCGUCGUCUGGUGCGCGCUUUGAAAUUGUGGACCUUGAAAAGGCAGCAGAAGCUUUGAUUCAGCUUAAGUGGCGACACGCUGGUCAGGCAUGUAUUACUGCAAACCGUGUAUACGUUCAGAAAGGCGUCUAUGACGCCUUUGAGAAAUUACUCGUGCAAAAGACCAAAAAGCUAAAGCUUGGUCACGGAGCAGCCAAAGAUACUACUAUUGGGCCACUUACAACACCUGGGGGAGUAGACAAGGUUGAGUCUCAUGUUAAGGAUGCUAUCUCUCAUGGUGGUCGACUGGCAUUCGGAGGCUCCCGUCCUGCUGGGCAUACCGGAUAUUUCUACCCUCCUACCAUUAUUGCCGAGGCUAACGAAAGAAUGCUGGUCGCCAACGAGGAGACGUUCGGACCCUUGUGUGCUCUCUUCCGAUUUGAUAACGAGUGCCAGGCGGUAGAAUGGGCGAACAACACCAGCAUGGGCCUGGCAUCAUACGUCUUCACCCGAGAUGUGAACCGCACAUGGAGACUCCUAGAGAGCCUGGAGGCUGGUAUGAUCGGAUUGAACACAGGUAACCAAUCCGCCGCAGAAACGCCAUUUGGUGGUAUCAAAGAGUCUGGAUACGGAAAGGAAUCCGGGAAAGACGUCGCAAUUAAUGAGUAUUUCAUUACUAAGUCGGCUACACUCACCUUGGACGAAUGUCCUCUCGCAAAAUGCAAUAUGUAG